AUGAGAGCCAUGUGAUCCCGACACAUCCCAACGGUGUGAAGAAGAAGGGUGCUGGAACCAUCGCCAUAGCCCCUCCCUCGCCCUUCUUGGCAUCACCUUGCUGCACUUCGUCUUGGCGCCACGGCGCUGGCAUCGCUGUUUCUUCGCAUUCCACUGGUUACAGUGGUGGAGAGUAUUCAAGGAUCUCAAAAAGACUUUGUCUUGCCGCGUUAUUAUCGAGUUCAUGAAUAUGCGUUUUUGGGUCAGCAGUUGAGAGUUCCAUGAGGCUGAGUUUGUGAGUAUGUGGCCUUUGUGAGCGGGACUGGAAGCUUUGGGUCGGUUUCUGUUUAGCGUUACGCGCUCUGGGUGGAUUUCGCAAUAGGGUGGAAGGGCGUUGUUGGUCCUAGAGGAAGGUGGUCGGUAAGAACAGUGCGCAUUUCGCAGGAGGGAUCGGUAGGUGUCAAUGGUGUCUGUGAGAACUGCAGCAGCUCCGAGAGUGUGGAGGGUUUUACUGAUGGGAGCUUGUGGGGCAUUGUUGACUGGCGUUGUGGUCACUGAUAUUCUAUGGAAUAUGUCAUUGGCGUCAAUGUUUUAUAGCACCCACGUUUCUGACGCCCAAUCGCUCUCUUUGCCCCCCAUGGCAGUGACGACCUCUCUUAAUGAGCUUGGAAAUGAAGAUGACGAGAAAGUUCGUCUUCCGUUAGCUUGGGAGGAAGCGGCUGAAGCACCCGUGGCACGCUUGGACGGCGCAGCAGUGCAGAUUGCACAUCAUCUCUACGUGUUUGCAGGCUAUGCCACCAUUGAUGAGGUUCAUACGCACGUAGAUGUGUAUAAUUUGAAGAGCAAUACUUGGGAGACGAGUUUUGCUAUUCCAGGAGCGAUGGCUCACUCUCACGUGGGCAUGGCAACUGAUCAGCGCUUCAUCUACAUUGUGAGCGGGCAGUUUGGAUCACAAUGUAGCAAUCCAACUGCACGGAACUUUGUGCUGGACACUCAAACAAGGGCUUGGACCCAGUUUCUUCCCCUUCCAGACCCCAGAUAUGCCCCAGCAACACAGCUGUGGAAUGGAAGAUUGCAUGUUCUGGGAGGAAGCAAAGAGGACCGUCAACAACCUGCCAGUGAACAUUGGAGCAUUGCUGUACGUGAUGGCAAGGCCUUGGAAGCUGAAUGGAGAGAAGAGGUUCCUAUUCCACGGGGUGGCCCACACAGGGCAUGUGUGGUGGUAGAAAAUGACCUUUACGUCAUAGGUGGCCAGGAGGGCGACUUCAAAGCAAAACCUGCCUCUCCAAAUUUCAAGUGUUCACGACAGAAGGAGGUGGUUUAUGGAGAUGUGUACAUGUUGGAAAAGGAUGCAACCAGAUGGACAAAACUGAUGCCAGUGCCCAAGCCAAUUUCGCACAUUGAGUUUGCAUGGGUCACGUUCAAUCAAUCCAUUGUUAUCAUCGGUGGGUCCACCAUGAACAAUCCUGCAACCAAGAAGAUGGUGUUACUUGGAGACAUUUUCCAAUUCAACACACAAAAGAAAGUAUGGAUAAGUUUGGGGCAGAUGCCUUACAAAGGUAAAACAGUUUUGGCUGCUUAUUGGGAAGGAUGGCUUUAUUUUACUUCAGGACAACGAGACAAGGGGCAAUCGGAUCCAGAGCCCAAGAGAAUCAUGGCAAAAACAUGGAAAACUAAGUUGGAAAUUUAAGGAUUACAAAUCAUUAUUAUGAUUAUUAUUAAUAAUAAUAUUCUUGGUUUCUGAACAUCGCAACACAAUUUCGAAAGUGAAAUUACAAAGCUUACGAUAGCAUUUAAUGUUGUAUUAAAACUGUUUUUUAAGCUUGAACUUUAGAUCAAUAAUUUUGCAAGUAUGCCAAAAGUGUCAAAAAGUGAAAAUUAUUCCAAAUAAAGAGUUUAAAAUUUACUUGAA